GCGUCUGGGGGCGUGGUCAGAUGCGCAGAUGCACUUCUUAAUUCACCGGCACCCGGCGCUACUUGUUGAAAGUUAAAACUUUUGUUAUGGCUGUCUGUCCGAUACACGAUUCACGUGUUUAGCAGCUUCGGCGAGGUCAAAGCUGAAAUCGCCAAGAAGAGGCCUAUCUUGGUGUUCUUGGACGAAUUUAGGGACCAAAACGUGCUGGCCUUCAUGCUGCAAGGAAAAGAUUGCUUCAUUGCAAUUCCGCCCAUCUCUCGAGACUGUUAUUGCGCAUACAGAGCUUAACUUCGAGUUGUUGUCUUUGGAGUCACGUACAUAAUACCUGCAGUCAUCUUUUUGCACUUAAAACUGACCUGACUAAAAAUGACCAAGUUCAAGGUCAACUCAUUGUUGCUGCCCAUGAAGGCCCAUUACUUCUUAUUCAACGGAGGCACAGCACCUGUUGUUCCGUUCAUGUCAACUUUUGCCAAGCAACUCGGCUUCUCUUCAGUUGUUGUGGGCACCCUGUACACGGUUCUCCCAGUGGCUGGCAUGAUUGCCAAGCCGCUCUUCGGCGGCCUUGCCGACCGGCUCAAAUGGCACAAAAAGUUCUUCAUGACUUUUCUAGCCCUCACUGGCAUUCUUUUCUUUUUAAUUAAUUUCACUCCUGGCACUGAGCUGACUCCUAGAGAGUCUGGCAUUGAUCUUGACUGUGGCUUAGAAACCUUUUUUAAGACAUGCAACCAGACUGACAAUUGUGCCCUGACCAGGCUGCUGGCUAAUACCGGCAACAAAACCAUACGGUGUCAAAUUGACUGUCCUACGGUUUCUGGAAAUGAAUGGAAUACAGAUUUGUGUCAAAGUUGGGGCUUAAGCCAAUAUUGCAAGAGCGCCGCUGACCACAGUUUGUCAUUUGAAGCAUCAGUUCCUAUGAUCCAUACCAUGCAAGUUAAGGACUGCCUCUAUUUCCGCGUGAAAACGGCAAUUUUUGAGGAAAAGAGUGUUAUUCCGUACUGCAAUAACUCCAUCUCAACAUCUCCCUGCCGUGUUACAUGCAAGGAGCCUGUAGUAAAUGACGUCCUCAAUGUAAGAACUGAAGAGGCAUCCGCAACUAGCUGGAGUUUUAUUUAUUUUGCCUUUCUUAUGCUCACGGCUUGGAUUUCAAUGGCCGUGGUCACAAGCAUUGGCGACGCUAUUUGCUUUGAUUUACUUGGCAGCAAACCUGAAAAUUAUGGAAAGCAGAGAGUCUGGGGCUCGAUUGGCUGGGGUGUUUUUUCCGUCCUGGCUGGUUUCCUUGUCGACGAGUUCAGCAAGGGCCGCACUGAAAAAAAUUACUCCGUCGUGUUUUACAUGACGAUAGUAAUCAUUGCCCUGGACUUUUUAGUCAGCACCAGACUGAAGGUGUCUCACACGCAAAUGUCAGCCAGUAUUGUUCGAGACAUAGGCCGCUUACUGUCUCGACCUGAAAUCAACAUCUUCCUUAUUUGGUGUAUCGCAGUCGGAAUGUGCACUGCUCUCAUUUGGAACUUUUUAUUUUGGUUCCUGGAAGACCUUGCUGCAGCUCAAGGUUGCUCUUCACUGGAGUGGAUAAAAACCCUUCAAGGUCUAGUGAUGGGAAUCCAGUGCUUUGGCGGUGAACUGCCGUUCUUUUUCAUAUCAAGCUGGGUGCUGAAAACAAUCGGCCACAUCCACGCAAUGUCUAUGGUGUUGUUCGGCUUGAGCCUCCGCUUCUUUCUUUACUACUGGCUGGUGAACCCCUGGUGGGUGUUGCCCAUUGAGCUGCUGAACGGAGUAACGUUCGGUAUUUUUUAUGCCACGAUGACCUCGUACGCCAGCAAGGUUGCACCUCCUGGCACUGAGGCGACUAUCCAGGGACUAGUCGGCGCUGUUUUUGAAGGAAUAGGCGUAUCCAUGGGCAGCUUGAUUGGUGGGAUCCUGUUCAACGAUAUUGGAGGUGCUAACACCUUCCUCGCCUACUCAAUCGCGACAUUUGUGCUCUUUUGCCUGCACGUUGCAGUACAACCGUUGAUGCGCCGCUCCAAUGCUGCCGACUGGCAACCACAGGAGGAAGUCAAAGAACCAGCUGCCGAUUUAUAAAUUAAAAAUCUGACUACAUCACACUUAUUGAAUAUGCAUUGACUGCGAUGUACGCGUCACCUCAGGAUGCGAUUCAAAUGUUGGAUGAGCAGCAGGAUGAGUUGACAGCAAGAUAGAAGAGUAGCGUAAAUAUAUUAGAUUUCCUCUCAAAGACUAGAUUUCAUUCCUAAAUAGUAAUUAGUAACCAAACGCCACCGCCUGCCACUUUUGCUCAAGAAUACACACGAAUUUAUUGUUAUUCUCAUUCAAUAUCUGCAAGAGUAUUUUUUGCUUUCUAAAACCAUCCAAAUGGGAUGGCUUCUUAAGUAGUUUUAUUACAUAUCCAGAGGGGCGAUUGUAGUCGUUUUCAAAUAAUGUGUUGUGUGCGUCAUUGUAAUUUUUUACAGCCAGAGGGCUAAAAAAUAUUUUUGGGUACUUUGGCUCUCUUGUUAGUCAGAUUUUCUAAAAUUUUAUUUACUAUAAUUUUUUAAUUCGGAUAUUUUCUCUAGCUUGUUACAAUGACAAUAGAAACAUAGAAUUAUUUUCUGAUAUUUAAAAAGACUUUACUUUUUCAUAGAAUAUUAUUAUGCAUAACAAUAUUUUUCUGAAUAUUUUGUACUGUUUUGUGGUAGUUCAAAAAAAUUAAAUAUAAUAAAAUGUACAGUUGCAAUUUGAA